GUCAUCUCUUCAUAAGACAUUCCUGGUUUUAGCCAGAGGAAUCGAGUGGCCUGUCAAAGGCAGAAUAUGUACAAUUGUAGUGAAACUUGUUUGAACGGAAAAUCUUUCUUCACUUCACUUAAUUCGCUUGGGAAAAACAUGACUUGUUUAUGCCGGCGGACCGAUCGCGUUUUUUGAAUUACUUAAAAUAUCGACACCACAACAGAAGAUCAACAACAUCAUACGACAAACCUCUCGAGGGCCGAUUCACUCGCAGUUAUUAACUUCAUUCGAACCUUUAUUGCAAAGUCUCUCGUCUCUUGUCUCUUAUAUAACGCACUGGACACGACAGGAGUGCAUUUUUCCUUUCCUUUCCAACUCGACUGCAAUUCAAGGAAUUCUACAUCAUCGACGAUACCCGCGAUUUCGAGUACAGGAUUUCUCGUUCAACACUUUGCAUUCCUACUUGGUUUCAAGGACCAUGAAUUAUUUCUUUCAUUAGUCUGUUAUCUCUCAAACGACCAUUGAGUUGCUUUUCUACUUCCUCCACUGAAUCGUGUGUUAAUAUUCGACUGCAAGUCGAGCCGCCAUCAACACGGUGAAUAUUUUAAUACCCAAACCCCACAUUUCUGUCAAUCGAUGCUUGUCCAUAGACAGUCAUUUCUAACAUGAUGUCUCACUCUAUGGCUGGGUUUGCAGACCUACCAAUUUCCAAAAACCUAUCCAGGAACCCAUAUCGGCAACAACCAAACUCAUCUGAUUACCCCAGAUCCAGAUCAACUUCUCAAGAGGACGAGUUUCCUUCAUCUUCAAAUAAACCAACACCAGUCAGACCAGUCUUUCAUGAUCUGCAUACUGCUCAUUCCUCAAUCACGUCAGGAAAUAAAAGAACCUUAAGUGGACGGCGUGCAGUUUCACACAAUCUCUUCGAGCCGCCCGAAAGAUCCGAUUCAAUCCCACUUCAGAAGAUAGAAAGAAAGCGUGGUACCAAUGUCGAGUCGUUUCUUCAAAACAUUCCGCUUCCCCCACCUCCUGCUGCCUUGUUCGGAGGACGUUAUGGGUCUGAUACUGAAAAUUCCACUCCAGUUCCUCGCUCAAGAUCACAACGUCUUCCGUCAACAGUCAAGGGCGAAUCUGGCUCUUUACUUAGCAACAUGAAAACCGCUCUUACAACUAUAUCGUCAUCCAUUGCACAAGAUACAAAAGAUGAAGAAGAUAAAGCUUCGCAUUGGCCACGAGAAGAUCUCAACCUUCCAAAGGGUACCUUUGGGAAGAAAGCUGCAGGUUAUAUGGAGCUUGUCAAAGAAGAUGAUAUAAAAGAUCCAUCUACACCAGAAGCUCGACAAGCAGGUAAUAAUGAAAAUGCCAGAGACAAAUCAAGCAAUCAAUUUCAAAGUCAUGGCGUUUCUAUUCAUCAUUCACGCCUUGGUGAAGCACCAUCGGGCUCGCUACCGUCAAUUAGUGAUGAAGGAGAGAGCUUAGGUGAUCUGACACGUACGAAACCUGACCAUCAGGCACGACAUUCCUUGCAUACACCACAUCAAGGGGAAAUUAAAUCACCAAUAUGCAAGAGUUUUUCCGACACAACUCCUCAGAGACACAGCUAUGAUUUCCAUCGAGCUACUAGCACUGUUGGAAACAUCUAUAACCAUUAUCUCCACUGUAGCGGAAGAGGUUUUGACACUGAUAGUGAAGAAGAGAUGAAUGAGGAAAGCCCUCUUCGAGGAGAUUUCGCCACUCAAGAUUCCAAUCGUCAAGAAUACAUUCGUGAAUUCGACUUAGACGUGAGACUGGACUCUAGAGGAAUGUUGCCCAUCGCUCUUAAAAUACAAAAACAGCGCAAAGUUGUUAGGGUAACCGAAGAGCCAUAUGGUCAGCCACCAACUCGUACUUUGCCCGAAAUACCAACCCUUGAUGUUCCAGCAAGUGCUCCAGACAAAUCGCAAGAAACUGGUCAGUUAUCCCACGGAGAUACACACAAAUUACAUGAUCUUACGAAGAAAACUAAAGGUGUAUCUCAAAAAAGUUUGCAGCAGAGGACUAGCGAUAUGCACUCCGAUUUAGAUGAGUCUGAAGCAGACGUCACCGCGCAACUACAUGUACCCUCAUUUCCCUUUGCCACACCCAAAAUUCAAGCCACGCCAAAAGUCAUAAUCUCUCCAGCAGAUGAUCCUUUGGUAUAUGGAGAUGAUCCACAUUGGACGGACCCGGUUAUCUUGCGACAGCCAUUGGAGAGAGAAGUCAGCAAAGCCCUUCGUCGUGCCAGUGGCUAUAGUGUCUAUAGUAUGGAAAGCGCAUCAACUUCAUUGACCCGCCGGAAUGAGCAUCCUCGACCUCAAAAGUCUGGAUUAAAUUUCUCAAGGAAAAUCAACGUCGAGGAUACACCCCCUUCUGACUCUGGAAGCCUUAGCACAGAACAAAGAGAUUUUAUAGCACAGGCGCAAGCUUUUUAUGACCGCGGAGCAAUUGCACCAAAUUGGGUCACUGCUCAUCAUCAGAAUGUUGUUCGUAUUCCGAUAAGUCACAGUGUUAACCUCCCAGAUUCUCCUCCAGAAUCUCCUAACGAUCGACCUCAUGAAUCGUCCGAGAAACAUACCACACCUACCGAGGCCGAAGAUUGGGAAACUGUGGCAGACAGUGCUGGAGGACCUUUUGGUCGUUCCAAACCAAACGAAGCAAUGAUGAUCGGAGGUCUUGUGAACAGAGCUGGAAGUAGCAUUGCAGAUAAUUCAGAUGAUGGCACAGAUAGUACGGAGCCUCUACAUAUUGAUGAGUAUGGAUCUUCAGACCGCAUUGCGCAUCACCCAGGUAAUGUUGAAUACUAUGGAGAUUAUCGCCAAAGAGAUCUAAAGAAGACUCACAUCCCUGUGUUUUUGCCUGUCUUCAGAGAGCAUAAAGUCAAUGGAUAUCUUGCAGAUUCGAAUAGAACACGGCCACCUCAGAAUUAUCACAACUACAAUCCACAACCUCUCCUCAAAACUCAUACCAAUCCAUUCAAGUCUCCUCCGCCAAAGAUGAAACCACCUCGUGGUCAAAACAUCGGUUUGUUUCCGCCAUCCCUGCACACAAGUGAGGAAAGCGCAGACUUCACAAAUUCAAAUCAAGGUCGGCAAAUUCCUCCUGGCAAUCAAGGUCAUGUAGAUGAUCGCUUAAGAUUUGAUUGGACAGGUGAGUUGGAGCCAGGAAUCGCUUUGGGUGGCUCUAGUGAUGGUGUACCACCAUUAAAUAAGAAGCGUUCCAGUUCGUGGCAAUAUGUAUUGGCCCUUGGUGAGAAGAUUGCUAGUCCCAAGAAAGAACUAUUCGCGACAACGUCAACUACCAGUAGCAAACAUAAGGAAAUCAACAUCGAACUGAAGGCUAGCGGUAGUUCAAAGCCUCAAGGUCAAAAGCCUUUCAUCAAAGGUCCUCCAGGUGCCUUUUAUAGAGACUUACAUUUGAACUCGAAGCAUGAACCAAGGCGUGUUAGUUUGAUUCAAGCAAACAGACCUGCAAAAAUUCCUGCUCAGAAUAAUAAAACAAAGGAGUACCCAACAAACACUCUCCGUCCUUUGGCACUAUUGGCAUCUACUACUCAUACACCUUCAAGUGCCGAAAGUCGCCCGAUUGUUAAACAACCUUCGACACCUAUUCGUAGCAAUAAGAAGCGAGGUGCUGAAAGCGAUAAUCCGAAUGAUUUCAUUUAUCGAUCACCUCUUGCUCCUCCCAAGCGUCCAAGCUGGCAAGAUUUGUACAGUCCUCGUCAAUUGCAAGAAAUUCGAAAUGCUGCAAUAUCCGAUGGUUUCUUCGAAUCCCAGCCUGUACUUGGUAAUAGCCCUCGCGAUUCCAAGGGAAAUACAUGGAAGCAUCUAUUCGAAAAUCCCAAGUUAUCUCCUUGGUCUCAAAACCCUGCUCAUAUCAUUGUUGAAGCUCAUCGCAAGAGAAGCAUCUCAAUCAUGGUCCUGGCCUUGUGUAAUCUAUUUCCUCCAAUUUUAUUAUUGUAUGCAACAGGUCGAAUGGAUGGAAUCAUUGUUUGGUGGACAAAUGGAGAUUUUUCAUCUUUUGCAUUAAAACAAAAGAGAUAUGCAUGGUUACUAUUGGCUUGUUGGAUGUGUGUUACUGCUAUUGGACUUGUCGCAUUUUUGAUUAUUUUCUUUACAAAAUUGCGAUAAUGAUAGGAGAAUUUUGAUUCGGAUGAUAGUACGAGGUGGGGAAUGGAGAUGAGAGAAGGGAAGAAAGUAGAGGAAAGAAGGCGAGUAAAGAAGAGAAGUGAAUGGUUUCAAUAUGGUGGGUGAAUUGAAGGAAUGAGCAAUUACAUAUUGUUACAUGUGCUAUAUGUUUGGUGAACGGAAAGAGCGUUCUGGGGUACGAGAUCUUGAGUUAAGAUUCUACAGACUUGAUAUGAAGGGACAUUCAAAGGAGUGGAUAAUGAAGGUCAAAUCAAUGGCCGUGGAGGUAAUCUUGGGAAGAUGUCAAAAAGUGUAUAGUGUGUAUAUUACCCUGAGCUCUGGACAAUAUGAAAAGAAUAAUGGAAACGGAGUUAUCA